AUAAAUUGCAAAAUUUUAGAUUAAUGCCACGUGUAAAAUUUUUAUUGGCUGGAGGAGUUUUGAGCCAUGUCAGAUUCGGAUCCUGGGCCCCAUGACAGAUCAGCAUGUGAGUUGGCAAGAUAAGAGAGAUAAAGAUAAUGUUGAGUAAUUAUCUUUUGAAACAAAAAGAGAUAAUGGCAGUUGGCAAGAUAGGGGAGGAUCACAUUUAAAAAGGAGAUUUUAUCUGAUAAAGUCCAGGUGGCAAAAUCUGAAAGGGGUUUAAACUAGGUCAAAGGAAAAAGUGCAAUUAUGCCACCAAAAAAAAACCUGGGGAAGGCUGUCCAGACUUUACAGAUUGGGCUUGGUGAAGGCAGUCCAACACACUCAGAAGGAGAGAAUGAGCCAAUCAUUCCACCACCAUUGUCACCAAUACUUAGGGAGCAUUCUUUUGUCAAUCCUACCUUCAACAAGGGUAGUGAAUCUGGAGAUGAUGUUGCUCAAUCUAGUGAUUCUCUUGUGAAAGCUAUGUCAGAUCAGAUUAGCAUCAUGAGGCACACACUGAUGGAAUCUGAGGAGAAAGCUCGACAAAGAAGCCAAGAGGCAUUUCGACGUGUCAGAAUUGAGCCUCAGCCACAAGCAGCAGAUCUUCAAAGGCAAAAUCAGAACAUUCCAGCUCCAGCACUCGGGGGGCAAGUAAAUCUGCCACAGCCACCUCCCCAGAUUCAGCAAGCAGCAGGCGAACCAGUGCAGCCAGAUCCUGUUGAGGCUGCACCACGUGUGGCAGAUCUGGGUAAUCACCAGCAUCCCAGAUAUCUGCCACCUCCGCGCCGACCAAAUGGAGGACAUCAACAACACAAUGCACCUCCACCAAGGGAGCAUUUUCAGCCUUAUGUGCCACCCGUGCAGCAAAAUCUUCCAAAUCUGCCAGGACAGUACAUAAAUCGUGAUCAGAUCAUUGACAUGGUGCAGGAGGCUUAUGGUCCAGUUUUGAGGCCUCUUGUCAGACCUGCUUACAGAAAACCAUAUCCAGAUUUCAUAGACCAAGAGAAUCCUUUUCCAAGGGGGUUCAAGGUUCCAGAAUUCACUCUAUUUUCCGGAGAUGGUGGAUAUUCUACAAUUGAACAUAUAGGCCGCUUCACAAUUCAAUGUGGCGAGGCCUCCGGUGAUGAGAAUCUGAAGCUCAGGCUUUUUCCUAGUUCAUUAACUAGUACAGCUCUCACCUGGUAUCUAAGUCUGCCACAGAAUUCUGUUUAUACUUGGAGGCAGAUGGAAGAUCUUUUCCACAUCCAGUUCUACCGUAGUGAGCCAGAAGUGUCCAUGGCAGAUCUAUCUCGUCUGGUGCAGCGACCUAGGGAAACAUCUGAGGCCUUUCUGGCCAGAUUUCGGAAGGCCAGACUUAAGUGCAGAAUUGCCCUGCCAGAACAGGAAUUUGGAAUUCUGCGUUUUCCAGAUAAGGCCAAAGAAACUAUGGGAGUUGACGCAGAUCCAUUCCCUACCAUGUCUGUUGGGGUGAACGCGGCAUAUCUCAAGAGCAUUGCCAGAGACAGAACUCAAACAUACUAUAGGCGCAGACUUGCAGCUGAUGAUCUGAGGUGGGUCAUUGAGGAGGCCAGGACCCGCAGAAAUCAGGUCAGAUCCGGUUCAUACCGAAGGAGACAGUCCGGGGGGCACAACUCAACUCAACAGAAAAAUAAUGCAAAUCUGGCAGAAAAGCCCAGAAUGGUGAAACCACCACCCAGAUCUCCAACCAAACGAUGGGAACGUGUGGUACAUCCAAAAUUUCCUAAAGGUCAGAAUCCAAGGACCUUGAGGAGACGUUUACAACGCAAAAGGGCUGCAGAAAGACACCAACAGCAGAUUACAUACUCGGGGGGCAUGGCAAAUCAGGCACAGCCGCUCCCAGCAAGAAGGAAAUCAGUGUGGGUCCGUAAGGAAAAAGGGAGCUCAUCUGGUCAGAAUGCUCCAAAAAAGGAAGAACCACCCAGAAUUCCAACAUCACCUCGAGUUCUGGCUGUGGAAUCCAAUGAAGAAACUGGUUUGAAGGCGAAGUUUGACAUGCCAGAUAAAGCGGAAAAUUCAUCAGAUGUAAUCUGUUUUGGUGAGUUUUCCGUGAAUUUAUCUUGCUUGGUGAUCACUCUUCCUUUGGUCUUUCAAGCAAAAGAGCAGUCAGAAUCUGCAGUCUGUCACCAGGCAGAUUUGACUGAGGAAGAAGAAGGCGUGAUGAGCAGAAUUGUUGUUGUGGAAAAACGAAUUCUGCCAUCUAUUCACAUGCGAGGUAUGGCAAUUUCUGCUUGUUCCAUAGACAUAACCCAGACAGAUUGGCGCUAUCCGAUCAUGGAAUACCUCAAAAAUCCAAAUUUUAAGGCCUCAAGAAGAACAAAAAUGCAGGCCUUGAAUUAUGUUCUAUUGGAAGGUGUUCUUUAUAGAAGGGGACAUGAUGAAUUACUUCUGCGCUGUCUUGGUCCAGAUGAGUACUGCCAGAUUAUGUCAGAUGUGCAUAACGGAAUCUGUGGUGCACACCAAGAUGGAAUUAAGAUGAGAUGGCUAAUUCGUAGACAUGGAUUCUUUUGGCCAUCAAUCUUGAAAGAUUGCAUCAGCUAUGCUAAAGGUUGUAAAGCCUGCCAGAUUCAUGGACCACUGCAGAGAGUUCCAGCGUCAGAACUCCAUCCAAUUGUCAAACCGUGGCCAUUUCGAGGAUGGGCCAUAGAUUUGAUCGGUAAAGUUUAUCCUCCUUCGACUAGAGGGCAUUCUUUUAUUAUUGUUGCCACAGAUUACUUUACCAAGUGGGUGGAAGCAAAGCCAAUGAAGAAGGUUGACCAAACCGAUAUUAUUAAAUUUCUCAAGGAGGAAAUCAUUCACAGAUUCGGUUUGCCAGAAACAGUGACUUCAGAUCAGGGGACAGUUUUUGUUGGUGCACAAGUUGAAGCAUUUGCAAAAGAAAUGGGAUUUAGGUUACUCACUUCAACCCCUCAUUAUGCUCAAGCCAAUGGUCAAGCUGAAGCUUCCAACAGAAUUGUGAUAAAUCUGCUGGAAAAAAUGGUUGAUGAUAAUCCAAGGUAUUGGCAUGAGCUGUUAUCUGACACAAUCUGGGCUUAUAGAACUUCACAAAGGAGUUCUACCAAGGUAACUCCAUUUUCUUUAACUUAUGGACAUGAUGCUGUUCUGCCCAUGGAGUUAUCUGCUAGAUCAUUGCGUAUAGCAAUUCAACAUGGUCUCACUUCUGGAGAAUAUAAUGAAGCAAUGAUUCUAGAGUUAGAAGACCUUGAAGGUAUGCGAUUGACGGCCUUAGAUAGGCUGCAAACGCAGAAGUUAAAAGUGGCUCGGGCAUACAACAAACGAGUGAAAUCUAGAAGUCUGGCAGAAGGAGAUCUGGUAUGGAAAGUAAUUCUGCCACCUGGAAAGAAAGACCCCAGAUUUGGGAAAUGGUCUCCAAAUUGGGAAGGACCAUUUCGAAUACAUGAAGUGCUUAGAGGAGGAGCAUAUUGGCUUGAAUCAUUAAAUGGAGAGCUACAUCCUCGAAAAAUAAAUGGAAUCUACCUUAAGCCUUACUAUCCUAUGAUAUGGGAGGCUAGAGAUUUGGAUACCAUUGAUUCUACCUGAGACAGAUUUGAGGCCAAAUCUAGCUGUGAACAACCACAAUGGCCAGAUUUUGGCCAUUACAGAUUUCAACCUGUACCAGAGUAUGAACAAAAAGUACAGCAAGCA